AUGACAUGUGAGGAUGACAAAGUAGUGCUGACGGACUUUCAAGCGAAGAAGCUUACAGCGUUGGAGCAAAUACGCAGCCGCAAGUUUCUUGCUGCCUUCCAGUCCAUUCGAGACUUGGUUGUUAUGGCGGAAGAAGAGGAAGAGGAGGAGACGUAUUUCCGCACAAGUCGAAAGGUAGACCAAGCAUUGCAACGGUUUACAAGUGAAGCCUUUGUUGCUCCUUACGAGGGAGCUGCCGCUAGGAGGAGAAUUAUGCUGGGCAUGGACGCCGUAGCAUUGCAACUAUCAUCCAACCUGGCACCUCCUUACGAUACUGUUCCCAAGCGAGUGUAUCUGAAUGCCUUGCGGGCUCUGACUGUCAUGAACGAAAUGCAACAAUCUGCUGGUUAUGGUGGAAAUGCGACAACUUCCUUGGGCGCCGAUUCAACCUACUCGCCGUUUCGGAUUUUGCAAAGGCUUGUCACGGGUGUAGGGAUCCGAAGGAAGGAAGCAGGAUCUUGUACAGCCUACUCCAAUGAAAGCAUUCAAGAAAAAGACUUCAAUAUGGUCCUAAACUCCUUCUCCAACAUGGGAAGAAUGGAUAUGGCACACAAAAUUGUAGCCUUGCAAGAACGAACCGAAAAUGCCCCUCCGUUAUCACCGGUAGGCUAUUCGAUCCUCGUCAAGGGAUAUGGACGACGCGGAGAUCUUCGCAAUGUGGAUAUGAUUGUCGCGCACGCCAAAGCAAAUGGCAUUGUUCCUGAUAGAAUCAUGCUGAACAGUUUGAUUGAUGCUUAUGUGAAUUGCAAUGCCAUGGACAAGGCCAAGACGCUGUUUGAUUGCAUGGCCAAGGGCGGGUCGUCCAGUCACCGUGGCACUCUGAAAUGGGUCAGGAACCCCGAUUCUGGUGAAGUGCCAAGACCAAAUCAGCGGACCUACAAUACCAUUCUCAAAGGUUUGGCUAAAUCGGGUUCACUGAAGGAGGUCUUGUCCAUGUCUCAAAAAAUGGAGAUGAAACGAUUGUGGGACGAUGUUACAACCAACACACUCGUCCAUGCAGCUGUCCUCAACGGCAAUUUUGACCUUGCAGAAGCUGUCCUGGAUCGGCACACUUCAUCGGCAAAUGCAAGGGCAAACCGGGGGCGUCGGAGGAACGAGCAUCCCAAUGUUGAAGCUUACACGGAACUACUUGAUGGCUACUCCAAAGCCUCUCAACUGAACAAUGCGUUGCAAGUCAUGCAAACAAUGAAGGAUCGUGGUGUAGAGCCAAACGAAUUCACUUACACUUGUCUAAUCGCAGCAUUUGCUCGUCACGGCCAAGUAGACAAAGCUAAGAAGACGAUUCGAUACAUGACAACAACAGGCGGACUAAAACCUACGGCCGUAACCUACAACGCGUUCAUAUCAGCGCUCUUGUCGCUUCCAGAAGGACAGCAAGAUGAGCGGGAUGAUGAUCAGUGCAGCAGGGCCGUCUUGCCCGCGCCUACGGACGACCAAGUAGAUGAAGCCAUUGGCAUCUUCUACGACAUGAUGAGGUCGGGAAUCCGGCCAAAUGAUGUAACUCUUGCGACAUUGAUUAUCGCAUUGGGGCGAUGCCGACCAGCACCGCGGAUCGAAGAAGCGAAAGAGUUGGUGGGAAAGCUGGAAAAGAACGGAAUUGUCUCAUACAAAAACAACCACAAAGUUGUGACCGCCCUUGUCCAGUCAUGUGGGCUUUCGGGCGACAUCAACGGCGCUCUUGAUUGGUUUCGAAUGUUAAAGAGGCCCGACUUGGUCGCCGUGAAUGCAUUUCUUGACGCAUGUUGUCGUUGCGGGUAUGAGGACGUCGCGAUGAAAACCUUUAGACACUUCUUUGGACCGGGUGACGGCGGCAGUUCAGCCAUCCUGCAGCCAAGUGUCAUUUCUUUCUCAAUUCUCAUCCGUGCCCUAUUGAAGAAGGAUACCGUCCCUGCGUCUGAGGAUGCUCAGAUUCUCUACAUUGAGAUGAAAGAUGCCCAGAAAUUAUUUCCGGAUCAAGCAAUGGUUGACUUGGUUUUGAAGACCGUUAUCCGUACCGGCAAGCUUCAGAAGAAAGACGUACCCCUUGUUGCAAGCAUUGUACGUGACGCGAAGGAAUUGGAGUGGAGACCAGGCCAGCUAGAACGGCGCCGAAGGGCCAUCAAAGCGGUUCUUUCCAGCAGGUCUAGGCUGUUGAGCGUUUGGAACGACGAAGACGAUGACAUCCUGCUACGUGAAAUCAAAUCGGAAGAUACGCUAUUGAAACGAAAAGGUUGGAACAAGGUGGACUCUGGUUUUCGUUUGUGGGGUGGUGGCAAGAUGGACAUCCAGGUGGAAGGUGAAAAUGAUCGUCCGGUUGAUGAGUUCCUCGAAUCCAAGGGAUGGAAUGAUAUGGAGUCAGGAUUUCGAAUAUUCUAG